CCAAUUUUUUCCUGACGCGACGAUACACCGCAGCGUGUUCUAACCUGUUGGGAAAGGUGGAGGGGAGUGUUAGCUUCAAAAUGCGUCCGGUCUCGGUCGCUUCCGAGCAGCAGGAGAGUCAGGACGUGCAUUCCCGUGAACCGCGUUUGAGGUUAACGUAACACGGCGCGAUGGAUCGUACUGUGGAGCAACGUUACGCUAUCAAAUUCUGCGUUAAACUUGGAAAGUCCGCCACCGAAACGUUGCCAUUAAUUCAGCAGGCCUUUGGGAGUGAUUGCUUGUCAAAAUCACAAGUUUUCCGAUGGCACAAGUCGUUCAAGGAGGGCCGAGAGGAAGUCACCGACGAACCCCGCAUUGGACGUCCAUCAACCUCCCGAAUUGACGAAAAUGUGACGCGUGUGCGUGAUUGUUUAAAUUUUGACAGACGGUUGAGCCUUCAAUUGAUAGCAGAAACUCUUAACAUUACGAAAACAACAGUUUUUCGUAUUGUAACCGACGAUUUAAACAUGAAAAAGGUGUGCGCCAAACUGGUCCCUAAAGUGUUGACCGACGAACAAAAGAACAUGCGAGUGCUUCGAUGCCAAGAACUCUUGGAAAUGUGUGAAAAUGAUCCUAAUUUUUUAAACUCAGUUAUCACCGGUGAUGAGUCGUGGAUUUUUGAGUACGACCCGGAGACAAAAAGACAGAGUUCAGAGUGGCACACUCCAUCGUCGCCCCGCCCCAAGAAGGCACGCAUGAGCAAAUCCAGAAUCAAAACCAUGCUCAUUGUCUUCUUUGACGUCAGAGGCAUUGUUCACCAUGAAUUCGUACCUACAGGGACCACUGUGAACGCAGCUUUCUACUUGGAAGUGCUAAAAAAAUUGAAAAAAAGGGUCACACGUUGCCGAAGCGACAUCAAGAACGCGUGGAAGCUGCAUCAUGACAACGCGCCAAGCCACAGCGCCUUCGUUGUCAACGAUUUCCUGGCCAAGACCCACACCCCAUUGGUUUCCCAGCCUCCCUACAGUCCCGACCUGGCACCCGCAGACUUUUUUUUGUUUCCUCGUUUAAAACAAGGCCUGAAAGGAAAACAUUGGGGCACAAUUACAAACAUCCAGGCACAUGUGACAUCGGCUCUAAAGGACAUCCCGGAGAAGGCCUUUCAGGAUGCCUUCCAGGCCUGGAAGCAUCGCCUCCAAAAAUGUAUCGAUGCGGGAGGGUGCUAUUUUGAAGAUUUCUAACCAUUGGUGGAGGGGAGUGUUAGCUUCAAAAUGCGCCCGGUCUCGGUCGCUUCCGAGCAGCAGGAGAGUCAGGACGUGCAUUCCCGUGAACCGCGUUUGAGGUUAACGUAGCACGGCGCGAUGGAUCGUACUGUGGAGCAACGUUACGCUAUCAAAUUCUGCGUUAAACUUGGAAAGUCCGCCACCGAAACGUUGCCAUUAAUUCAGCAGGCCUUUGGGAGUGAUUGCUUGUCAAAAUCACAAGUUUUCCGAUGGCACAAGUCGUUCAAGGAGGGCCGAGAGGAAGUCACCGACGAACCCCGCAUUGGACGUCCAUCAACCUCCCGAAUUGACGAAAAUGUGACGCGUGUGCGUGAUUGUUUAAAUUUUGACAGACGGUUGAGCCUUCAAUUGAUAGCAGAAACUCUUAACAUUACGAAAACAACAGUUUUUCGUAUUGUAACCGACGAUUUAAACAUGAAAAAGGUGUGCGCCAAACUGGUCCCUAAAGUGUUGACCGACGAACAAAAGAACAUGCGAGUGCUUCGAUGCCAAGAACUCUUGGAAAUGUGUGAAAAUGAUCCUAAUUUUUUAAACUCAGUUAUCACCGGUGAUGAGUCGUGGAUUUUUGAGUACGUGGAGACAAAAAGACAGAGUUCAGAGUGGCACACUCCAUCGUCGCCCCGCCCCAAGAAGGCACGCAUGAGCAAAUCCAGAAUCAAAACCAUGCUCAUUGUCUUCUUUGACGUCAGAGGCAUUGUUCACCAUGAAUUCGUACCUACAGGGACCACUGUGAACGCAGCUUUCUACUUGGAAGUGCUAAAAAAAUUGAAAAAAAGGGUCACACGUUGCCGAAGCGACAUCAAGAACGCGUGGAAGCUGCAUCAUGACAACGCGCCAAGCCACAGCGCCUUCGUUGUCAACGAUUUCCUGGCCAAGACCCACACCCCAUUGGUUUCCCAGCCUCCCUACAGUCCCGACCUGGCACCCGCAGACUUUUUUUUGUUUCCUCGUUUAAAACAAGGCCUGAAAGGAAAACAUUGGGGCACAAUUACAAACAUCCAGGCACAUGUGACAUCGGCUCUAAAGGACAUCCCGGAGAAGGCCUUUCAGGAUGCCUUCCAGGCCUGGAAGCAUCGCCUCCAAAAAUGUAUCGA